AAAUUGAGAUUAGUGGUUUAGGUAUGACUAAAACACGUAGCAAUGGAGAAGCUUUGCGAUUACGCGUACUCUAGAAAAGAACAACAAGAAGGAACCGACGAGUGUUGACACUUGACAUAUCCAUUUGUUUUUCUUCUUCUAAACUACGUAGUACUAAUAUUAUUUUAUCAUAGUAUUUGUAAAUCCAAUUCUUGAGGAAAAUAAAAGUAAACAGUGGAACUAGUUUGAUAAGAUUUCAUUUGGAUUGUCGGUGUUGGGAAAAUGGAGAAGGUGAUGAAUAUGCUGAAGCCAAAGCCAAACCCACAACAGCAACUCAGAGAUUGGCAGCGUAGGCUUCGCCAAGAGUGCCGCAACACCGAGCGCCAAAUCCGAGAUAUACAGAGGGAGGAGAAAAGUGUACAGAAAGCUAUAAGAGAUGCUGCCAAGAGAAAUGACAUGGGCUCUGCCAAGGCGCUUGCUAAGGAAAUUGUGAGAUCUAGAAGAACAGUGAACCGUCUCUAUGAAAAUAAGGCACAAAUGAAUUCAAUAUCAAUGCAUCUUGGAGAAAGCGUUGCAAUUGCCCGUACUGUUGGUCAUCUAUCUAAAAGUGCUGAGGUCAUGAAGCUUGUUAAUAACCUAAUGAAGGCUCCACAAAUGGCUGUUUCAAUGCAAGAAUUCAGCAAAGAGAUGAUCAAGGCAGGGAUCAUAGAGGAGAUGGUGAAUGAUGCUGUUGACUCAGCCCUGGACUCCGAGGAUAUAGAAGAUGAAAUAGAAGAAGAAGUUGAUAAGGUCUUAACUGCAAUAGCUGGUGAGACUGCUGCACAGCUUCCAGAAGCAGUCAGAAAGGAAAGGGUGAAGCAACCUGCUCAGGUUGUAGCGGCUGCAGAGGAGGAAGAGGCUAUAGCUGAGGGUGCUGACGAUGACGAGGAAUUGGAAGAAAUUAGGGCCCGGCUUGCCAAAGUUAGGUCUUAGUUUAAGCUUCCGAGCCUAUACCCUCUAGCAAUGCUAGCAUAGUAUAUAUGAGAAAAAGUUGAGUUUGUUUACUUGCAUUUAGCCUCUUGAUCAUAUUAAAAUGGGAGCAGAUGAAGCCUAAUUCAAUACUGCUAAUGAGAAUGGAGAGGAACAUCUUCUGUACAUUAUACUAGAAGCAGCUUUGCAAGAAUUAAGAGUUUUUAGCUGUAAUUUGUGUAAUAAUUGCAAAUCGUUGUUUUUGAUGCUAUGAAUAUAAUUCCAUCCUGCAGAUUUGGAAGUCUUUCA